GCCCAUUCACUACCAUCUCCCCGAGCUGAUCAUUCUUCCUCAAGACAGCAGCCGGCCUGCAAGCAAGGCGUGAGUCACUCGCAUCCGACCCCCGCCACUCUUACUCCCACCACCAAAACUUUUGGGCUUGCGCCAAUCGAUAAGCGCCCCUCCAUCCACAUCUUCGACCCGCCUACACACAUCCUGCUGUGCCUGCUCCUUCAUUCUCCCAUCAAGUAGACGCUGCAGCGAAGAUGGUGUCCGCGUCGAAAGCAGCGCGUCAGGCGAAGCGCGAGGCCGAUGGUAAGCCAGCGAAGAAGACGGCAGCCUCCAAGGCGGCAUCCAAGGACGCAUCUGCAAAUGGCUCCGAAGCCAACUCCGUCAACGGCGACGAUGCACCCCUCGAGGAUGCUGACGGAAACCCAUUGCCCGGAUCCAAAGAACCUGUCAUCACUAGCAAAAUGGCAAAGAUUGCGUUGCAGGAGGACAAAGAUGGCAUCUCAGACCGUGUCACAACCGGCGUGCUGGCCUCGUUAGAAGCCAGCAGAGACGUCAAGAUUACAUCGGCGUCUUUAGUCUUCCACGGCAAAGUGCUGGUCAACGACACCACCCUUGAAGUCAAUUAUGGCCGACGGUACGGUCUGUUGGGCGAGAACGGCUGCGGAAAGUCUACGCUGCUCAAGGCCAUCGACAAGCGCGAGUUCCCUUUCCCAGAGCACAUCGACAUCUACCUUCUGAAUGAGGGUGCUGAGCCGUCUGAUACCGGUGCGCUUGUAUGGGUGGUGAACCAGGCAGAGAACGAGAUGAAGCGGCUAGAAGGGUUAGCAGAGGAGAUCUUGGAAAAGGAAGGUCCAGACAGUCCCAAGCUUGAAGAGCUGUACGAACGUAUCGACGGCAUGGAUCCUUCUACAUUCCACACCCGCGCCUCGCUGAUUCUCACCGGUCUCGGCUUCAACAAGAGCACUAUGGACAAGAAGACGAAGGACAUGUCCGGUGGCUGGCGGAUGCGUGUCGCCCUCGCCAAAGCUCUCUUCGUCAAGCCUUCCCUCCUCCUCCUCGACGACCCCACCGCCCAUUUGGAUCUCGAAGCCUGCGUGUGGCUAGAAGAGUAUCUCAAGAAGUGGGACCGCACCCUCAUCCUCGUUUCGCACUCCAUGGACUUCCUCAACGGCGUGUGUACCAACAUGAUCGACAUGCGCAUGAAAACACUCAUGUACUACGGCGGCAACUACGACACCUACAUCAAGACCCGCACCGAACACGAAGUGAACCAACAAAAAGCGUACGAAAAGCAGCAAGACGAAAUCAAGCACAUCAAGGAGUUCAUCGCCAAAGCCGGUACUUACGCCAAUUUGGUCCGACAAGCCAAAUCCCGCCAAAAGAUCCUCGACAAGAUGGAGGCGGACGGCUUCAUCCAGCCCGUCCACCACGACCGCAUCUUCACCUUCAAAUUCGCCGACGUCGAGAAACUGCCCCCUCCCGUGCUAUCCCUCGACAACGUCACCUUCUCCUACUCCGGCAACGCCAAAGACAACCUCUACGAGAACCUCGACUUUGGCGUGGACAUGGACUCGCGUACCGCCCUAGUCGGACCCAACGGUGUAGGCAAAUCGACCCUCCUCCGCAUCUUCACUGGUAAACUCAGUCCCACCUCCGGCUCCGUAUCGCGACACACUCACUUGAAGUUGGGAAUGUACAGCCAACAUUCCGCCGAACAGCUGGACCUCAAUAAAUCCGCGCUGGACUUUGUGAGGGACAAGCACUCGAGUAUCAGCCAGGAUUACCAAUACUGGCGACAGCAGUUGGGCCGGUACGGGCUCAGUGGUGAGGCGCAGACGGCGUUGAUGGGCACAUUGUCCGAGGGCCAAAAGUCAAGGAUCGUGUUUGCACUGUUGGCGAUCGAGGGGCCGAAUAUGUUGUUGUUGGAUGAGCCGACGAACGGAUUGGAUAUCCCCACGAUUGAUAGUUUGGCGGAUGCGAUUAACUCUUUUUCGGGCGGUGUGGUGGUUGUGUCGCACGACUUUAGGUUGCUCGACAAGAUUGCCAAGGAUAUCAUGGUGUGCCAGAACAAGACGGUGACGAGGUGGGAUGGUUCGAUUGGCGAGUACAAGAACUUUUUGCGGAAGAAGAUGCUUUCGAGUGGGAGUGUUUGAGGAGCCAGAGCCAGCUUGCAGCCCUAGCCUAUGGGCUGUUCAUGUGUAUCCGCAGGCUUCGGCAGGCUUCGGACGGUGAUGGUGGUGGCGGUAAAAGCACUUUGCAGUCGAGCAGAACCAUGAACGGUGGCGAGUGCCGUGGCGGCGCCGGUG